AUGGCCAACUACCGACAAGCUGGCAGACCUGUAACAGUCUAUCAAGGGAAUGCAUCACCCAAUCUUAUAUCGGCCGUCAAUGAGGACCAUUUUACUUGCCCCGCUCCAGAGAUUCGGAACUACCUGCUUAUGAGGAGCGUAUACCCAAGUGUUACACACGGCGGGCAAAACUUUGCCUUGCGUGAUUUCAUCACAGAGUGCUUCGACCGCAAAAAAAGCCGCCUUCAUCAUAAAGGGGUUCACCACGUCAAGUCCACAGAUGUCCAAGGAGCGCACGGGUUGACGCUCAACAUUUCUGACAUUUAUGCUGCGUUAGGAUUCGUCAUCGCUGAGACAGACUUGUUCCCAUUUUCUCGGAACCAGAAUAUAACGGAUGUCGCGGUGGCCGAAGUCGAGCUCAGGGUCUUGGCUACUUAUAUCAACUGGGGUGAAAUUUUGCACGAAGCUUAUUUUAGUGGCGAGCCAUCGGCUGAUGAAGAAAUCGCCCCUCCUGCGACUGCAUGCAUCAUGUAUCGGGCGGGAAGCGGCCCGAGUCCAAUCAUCGGGUCAAUUUCGACCUCCUUCGGUGGCCCUCAAGGACGUUCAAAACAAAGUGCCCGCGAAGCACGAGUGCAAAGCUGGACAAGCGCAUUCCCUACGUUCAAUGCAGCCAUUCCAAGUGUUCGCCAACUCCACGGGUCCAAUGUUCAUACGGGUGACUGUGCGGAGCUCCCUGCAUUGCUGGGUCUUCUUCGACUGGAACCGACGCCGCCAAGUUCGCAACAUCAGCAGCGUCAGGCCAUUCACAUUUACGGAGUCGCCGCCAGUACAGACCUCGCGUCCAUCGGCUUAUUCAAAGCAGCACGCUACAACCAAGUCGCCUUCCAGCAGCUUCUCAAGCCGGCAUGCGACAAUUGCAAGUAUGGGAUACGAUUCCUUGACGGCGUCUACGCCAAUGGAAGUGUGGAUCCAACUCCUUUAUUCCAGUAUCUCGAUCUCGCACCCCCCGCACCCAACCAGUCUCACCAACCAACGCCCUACCCGUCAGUCCAGGAGAAUAAUAAAUCGCGUGUCGAGUUGCGUGGUACUGCAGUGCUCGAUGUAGGCAAGAUGAUGCUUCUCGACACUCGCACGACUGCGCGUGUUACAGAACUUGCGCCCGGAUAUCAUGCAAGAAAGUUUGGAAGCCAGACCAAGAAAUUGUUCAAGGAAAAGACUACGAAAGUUGCCAGGACUGCGCAAGGGUUGGGGGACGACAUCCAACCAACUAUUGCAUUGGCAAACACAAGAAGGCAGACGAACAGUGCAUCGUUACUGACCGAGCAGCCCAUGGCUCGUAUUGCGCCAGUCCAAGCAGAGGUCCGGUGCCAAAAACGCAGAGACUGGCUCCAGGAUACAUGUUCUCCUAGUUUAUGUACAUACAACAUGGAGUAA